GUGUUAUUCAUACAGGUUUAAACACAUUAGACACUCGAGAACAAAAGGCCGCAGUGUAUGUACCUACACAGAAAGUUUUCGUUAAUAUAGGCCAAUUGUCGAUUUUAACUCUCAAAGUUCGGUCGCACAUCGAAUACAGUGAAGUGUAAUUAUCUUCAACAGUAUGAUCGGUGGAUAUGGUUGGUCGCCAGUGGACCACAACCUCUCCAUAACGUGGGUACCUUGCAACGCCGGCGAUCCACUGCCCAGAGGAGCCGUUCACGUGGGCAUGGACAAAGACGGUGGCCGCUUGUACGCCGGCCGCGCUUUCCACGAGGGCGACUUGUUGCCCGCCAAAAUAAAUCCAAACCACGAAACGGCCUACGUUUGCUGGGGAGGCACCGAGCACGCCAUGAGUCACUACGAGGUUUUAUGCAAUGCGAGCGUUGCAUGGCAGACAACACAGGGUAACAACAUCCCUCCAAAUGCUAUCGUUAUCGGCUCCACGUUAGAAGGCGAAAAACUUUACAUGGGACGAGCACUUCACGAUGGCACUUUGACUCCGGGAAAAAUUCAACCCAGCCACAGUGCACUGUAUAUACCGUACAACGGCGAAGAGGUGGCCAUUGACGAGUUCGAGAUACUAGUCUAUCGUCCACCGAUGACAAUUAAUUGAGAUAUUAAUAAAAUAUCUUGACAAAAUAAAUUUUGAAUAGCACCGUCGUAACUUUUUUUAUACACAUUGUGAACUGUAGAAUGUUACAAAUAAUAUUAUUGUAAAAGUCUUAUUAGUUAUUACUUAUAAUAAAUAAUUUUUUUUUUUUAAUUAAACGACAUUAAACAUUAAGGUCAUUA